AUCCGGCCUCGAAGUAAUUGAUAAAAGAAAUAUUUAUAAUAAAUUAUCGGUAAUUGAUAAUAAAAAUUUUUUGACGGCUUUAAAAUAUUUUUAAGGAAUAUUUAAAGUUUUAGCAACGUGAUUGAAUAGUCAAGAAUUAAAGUCAUGUAAUUAUUUAUCACUAAAAAGGUAAAUUAGACUAAAUGCCGAAGUAUUUGAGCAUUUAAAAAUGGGUGAACUUCAAAGAACGAGUGGUACAAAAAUAAAAACUCCAGAGCCAUUGGAUUUUGAACCUGAUGCUGCGAGCUUUUAUGAAAAAGCACAAAUACUUAAAAAUGAACUGCUACUACAUGAAGCAGUAAUUAAAAAUGAACCAGAAGCUGUAAAAAAAGUUUUAGCUGAAACAGUGGAUGUUAAUUCAAGAAAUAAUUAUGGUCGAGCUCCAAUACAUUGGGCUGCAUCAAGAGGAAGUACAGAAAUAAUGGAAAUGUUAAUUAACGCUGACUGUGACAUCGAAGCAAAGGAUAAAUAUGGCAUGCGCCCAUUACAUAUGGCUGCUUGGUAUGGACAUCUAGAAGCUGUUAAGAUGCUGAUUGAUGCUGGUGCUGAUACAUCAGCUAUUAAUAAGAAGAAAUGUACACUCUUAAUGUGUGGAGCACGUGGGAAUAGUCCAAAAAUAAUUGAAUAUUUUACAAAAGCUAUUGAAAAUUUAAACAGUGAUGCAACAGAUUAUUUAGGAGCAACUGCUCUCCAUCAUGCUGCAAUCUCUGGACAUCCAGAUGUCAUAACUGUCUUGUCAAACAUUCCGGAAAUUAAACUAGACUCUACAGACAAAAAGGGACAGACUCCAUUACAUUACGCUUGUAGUGAAGGACACACCAAAGCUGUAGAAGUUUUUAUAAAACUCGGAGCUAACAUGGAUUGUCAUGACAAUGAAGGCAAUAGUCCUUUACACAUAGCUACAAGGAUAAGACAUACUGAAAUAGCACAGAUCCUUUUAAAAAAUGGUGCUAAUACUCAAAUUGUUGAUGAACAUGGAUUUGCACCUAUUCAUAUUGCUGCUAGUCAAGGAUGUAAAGGGAUUCUUAAUCUUAUUAUAGAUCAUAAUGAGAAUAUUAUCAAUAAACAAUGCAGAGAAGGAAAUACUCCUUUACAUUUAGCUUGCCAAAAUAAUCAAAUAGAAACUGUGGAAAUACUGAUAAAAAGAGGGUCAGACAUCAAUAGCUUUAACUCAAGACUCCAAACUCCAAUGCAUAUUGCUGCAGAAAUGGGUCACACUGAUGUUUGUAAACUUUUACUAGCAGCUGGUGCAAACAUCGAACAAAAAGAAAAGGGUGGACGUACACCACUUUUUAUAGCAGCAAAAGGAAGUUUCACAGCAAUUGUGGACAUGAUUAUAAAAACAGCAAGACUAGAUUAUCCAAAUAAUUUGGAUAAUGAAAAUGACGAAUCAAGUCUAUCAAGAAAAAAAUCUAUCAGAGAACAGUAUGGAAUAGUUGCAGAAAAUGUUCGUUUGAUGCUUUGGAGACUGGCACACAAACACUUUGACCCAGGAGAUUGGAAAAAGCUUGCUCUGCAUUGGGCUUUCACUCAGGAACAAAUUCAAGCCAUAGAACAUCAAUAUACUGGAGGAUCAAGUUAUAAGGAACAUGGAUACAGACUUCUGAUGAUUUGGGCAUCAAGUUUAUCACCAAAUAUACAAAUAAUCAAAGAACUACAAGAUGCUUUAUAUGCAAUAGACAAAAGGAAUAUUGCAGAUUCAAUAGCUAAGAAAUUCGAGCAAGCUAGCAAAGAAAAAUCCCAGAAAUGCUGUCAUAAAUGCACUCUCACUUAAAUCCCUCCACUGAGACUGAUAUUUUUUUUUAUUA